CGCCUUAGGCCUGCGCUGUGUUGCCAUGACGACCGUGGCUGUGUCGCUGCAAAUUUUGUUGGAAACUCUCGCUGCAGGUCGAAGACGGUGUAUCUGUUUGCAGUGACUCAGUUUCCCAGGAAUAAAUUGGAACAGCAGGUGCCAUGGGGAGCAAGAAGGAAAUGGCCCUGCAGGUCAACAUCAGUACCCAGGAACUUUGGGAGGAAAUGCUCAGUUCCAAAGGACUAACUGUUGUCGACGUCUACCAAGGCUGGUGCGGCCCCUGCAAGCCCGUGGUGAGCCUCUUCCAGAAGAUGAGGAUCGAGGUCGGCCUGGACCUUCUGCAUUUUGCAUUAGCAGAGGCAGACUGUCUUGAUGUCCUCGAAAAAUACAGAGGGAGGUGCGAGCCGACCUUUCUGUUUUAUGCAAUUGAAGAUGAGGCUCUUUCUGAUGAAGAUGAAUGCUUUUCCCACGAAAAGGAAGAUGGUGACGAUGAGGAUGCGGUGUCAUCAGAGAAGGCCUGCACCUUGGCAGUCAUUAAACCAGAUGCGGUGGUCCAUGGGAAGACGGAUGAGAUUAUCACAAAGAUCCAGGAAGCUGGGUUUGACAUUUUAACAAAUGAAGAGAGAGACAUGAGAGAAGCAGAAAUGCGACUUUUCUACCAACACAGAGCUGGAGAGGAGGCAUUUGAGAAGCUGGUACAUCACAUGUGCAGUGGACCAAGCCACCUCCUCAACCUCACCAGGACUGAGGGCACCGAGGAUGUGGUCACCGCCUGGCAAACCCUCAUGGGACCCUGUGACCCCGAUGUGGCAAGGAGGGAGCAGCCUGACAGUCUCCGGGCUCAGUAUGGCACAGAAAUGCCCUUUAAUGCAGUCCAUGGAAGCCGGGACUCGGAAGAUGCCCGCCGGGAACUGGCACUGCUCUUCCCCAGUUUUAAGUUUUCAGACCAGGUUCCGGAAGCCCCUCUGGGCCUCGAGGCCGAAGGAGAGGGCGCCGGUGAGGCGCUGUGCUCCCCCGAGGACGUGGACAAGGCGGCCUGCGACCAGGCUGAGGCCGUGAGGUGAAGCGCCAGUGCACCCAUAUCUGCUGCACGUAAGGAAACCUCCAGAACCGAAACUUCCUCUUUUGAGCACCAAUACUUUUUUGGUUUAGUUAUCGUUCAUGAAUAAAAAUAACAGUAUCCACUUUCCUGCCUUAUUAAACAGUACGAAUACGGAACAUGUACUUUUUUUUGGCCAUCUCUGGGAUCUUAGAAAACAAAUGGACAUCAGUCCUUGAACUCUGCCGUGAUACAGUGUCAUCUCAGGGGAUACUGAGUUACAGAAGACAGUGUUUCCCAGUAAUAAAUCUACGUUAUGGAUGAACUUAGAGCUUAACUUGGUAACAACGGACUUGAAAAUAGUCCAACAAGAUUGAAUGUGACACUUCAGGGCUUACUGACAUGGGGGUAGAUAUAAAUCAGCUUUAAAUGUUCAUGCUGCCCACCCAGGCCACAAGGGUAGUCCUGGAAUAUGCCAGAUUCUUCUCCACGAAUCAGGGCAUGUUCAGAAAGCAAUGCUUGGGGGUUACAUUUGGAACCAGGGUUCAUCUAAUUUUCUUGAUGCCCCCUUCCCCCAUUUCUUUGGUUUCUGAUUUUGGCUAAAGCCUUAUUUUAAAACCUGAGCACUCCUAGUGGUGGCGCCCCCUUUCACUACUGCCUGGUUUAGCUGUCCCUCCAUGGGACACAGGAGGUUUUCAGUAACUAGCUUUACCCCUGUGAAUAGUAACAUGCCAGCUACUCUCUCACCAGUUUGCUCUUUGGUUUAUCUGUAAAUUCACUGAGCCCAGGCAUACUCUUUCCUCUCUGACUGAGGAAAAGGCUGUGUUCUUCUACACCACGAGGCAAAUGGCCGAGAUUUCCUUCUCAUCUGCUGGUUUUCUCCAGGGCGCUUCGUGCUUAUGACUUGAAGAAGCUCUUUAAAUGAGUAGUUAGCUCCCAGAAGACUGUCCUUUACAGAUGCACUACUCUUUCCCCCAGCCUGUAGCAUGAGGCCCUCCGUGCUGGCACCGGCGACAGGAUGAGUCAGGCUGCAGAAGGCGGGGACACCGGGUGGCCUGUGACAGCGGGUGGGUGGCUGCACUUCCCAUGACCUUGUGUCACCUCUAGAUGGAAGCAUGCCUGCCCACUCUGCUCAGCGCAUCAGGACAGGCCUCUGUGACAAACACCCAGUGGAGCCCUCCCUGACAGAAUCCGUCAGGAGAGUUGAAUCUACUGUUCCAGGUCCCCAGGCACAUAGUCCACCAUGGGGCUGUGCUCUUCCCUUUGUGAGUGGCCUCGAGACGGGAACUCGGUUGGCCUGUGUUCACCUCAGAGCUGGCAAUAGGGCCCGACACCUGCUCUUCCACACCACAGGUGCUGUGUGGCUCUGAAUGAGCUGCUUGGGGUACACCCAGCUGACAGCUAUCUAGUCUCCCCGGAAGCUGGGAGGCCAAACUCCCAUCACUGGAGAGAUGAGAGGUGAUAAAUGGAGUGACCAAGGCCUCUGAAAGCAGGGGACAGAGAAGAGCAGGUGGGGGAACUGGCCCGUGUGUGCUGGUGUCUGUGAUGACCUUUCAGCCUCCCCAGGAAGCAUCUGGGAGUGGCAGGGCUGGGACAGGGAAAGCAGGAGGGACGCUAGGUAAUAGGGCUGGGGUGGGAGGUGUGAUGACAUGCUCCUUCCUUCUAUUGCACGGUAGGGCGCUUCUUUUCUUAGAGUCCAGAAGGUUCCUGGCGGAAGGAAUGGGGCUAGGGCAGAGGGGGAGGAAGAGAAGUGCUGUGUGGCUCUGAACGAACUGCUGGGGGUACACCCAGCUGGCAGCCAUCUGGAGGAAGGCUGAAAUAUCUGCUCACUGUCUGAGGACGGAACUCCUUGGCAGAGACCCUGGGCCUGCAGGAUGGGUGCCAUUUUAGGCGUUAAGGCUUCUCCUGGGUGUGAGCGCCUGACAGGGUGAAGGGCAGGCCUAGCCCCACGAAGUGAAGGACACGGCUUGACUAGCUCAGGCCCUCCACUCAGCCAGGGCUGCAGGGAGAGAGGGAGGAAGGUGGCUUGGUGGGUCCCAAUGUGGCCUUGGUGGGGGCUCCCUCCACUUUCCCUGAGGCCAGGUCAUGGAACAAAACUUCCCUCGUGCUGGGAACUGACACAUACCUCCCUGCCCAGCAACCAGGGAAGGUCAGUGCAAAGGAGUAGGACUGGGAAAGCACCAGCCCCUAUCCCAGGUGGCAAGGUGUCCGGAACCUCCCCGUCGGCUCUCCAGCAGGAUCUGGGGUCAGUCCCCCCUUCCCAGGCCUCGCUUCCAAGUUUCCCCUGUGGCGGGGGAAUCGCCUCACCAUCUUCCCCCCACGCUCUAGGGCAGGCGCCCUUGGUUCUCUCUCCGGUUCUAGUGAGGCCAAGAGACAGGAGGUGCGCCCCUACACUUCAGAGAUGGGGAAGAGAAGGCGGUGCCCAGUAAAUGCAGGGCGUCUGUGCAGACGGUCAUUUGACAAGCUCUGGGCCUGAGUCCAGUGGGUGGUGGCAGGGGAGGAGUGGCAUAGGACGGAGUGGGGAGUCCUGGUGGCUGGAAGUGGCCGCCUGUAAAGACCAGGAAGAGGGGGCCGCAGACCGCUGCAGAGGCCCCUGGAAGCUGCAGUUACCCUAGGGCGCUGGCUCCCCCUCUGAAAUGCAAAGUCACUUCCCAGCCUCUCAUUCACCAAGAAUAUCAGGUUCCGAAAGCCAGUACACAUCAUCUUCUAAUGUUUCCUAAUGUUCUAGGUAUUUGGAAAACAGACUCCUUUUUAGAAGUUGCCAUGCUUUUUUCUUGGCUUUUAUUAGCAUGUGUUAAAACCAUAUUAUCCAAACACUACCAGAAGAACAUGUAUUGUUCUGCAUAAAGUGCUUAAGGAAAAAAAUGCAACUUAUUAAAUUGGACAUUCUUUUCUAGUUCAUAAAUUUUGGGUUACAAUCAGGGCA